CCAGUAUGUCCUGUUCCACGCAUCACAACGCUAACCUAGCUGAGGAAACGGAAUGAUUUUUGUGAAUUCUGGAGAACAAUUUGAUUACUAAUACACGUUGAUGCAUAUGUGCAACAUCAACUUGACGAUAUCAUCAAUUCCCAAGAGACAAACUUAAUAACUAAGAGAAAAUUUGUUUGAAUGGCGUCCACAAAAGAUCCGUUUGACUUUCAAGAAUUUGAAGAAGCUGAAAAUCUGUUGGAGACAAAUAGAGAUGCAGUCACCAUAAGCAUUGAAGAUGAAGGAAACAAACCAGAGAAGCAGCAGAAGAGAACUGCUGGUUACUCUUCAGCUGGCAAUGAUGAUGAUGACCCACUUGAAAGUGAUGACAAAUCAGAGCUUCUUUCUGGUCAAAAGAAAAGUGUCCCUUUCUGGACGUUUGAGUACUACCAACAGUUUUUUGACAUUGAGACCCAUCACGUGAAAGAAAGGAUCCUUGGAUCAGUUCGGCCAUGGCCUGGGAAGAACUUUAUUCAUGUCUACCUUCGUAGAAAUCCCGAUCUUUAUGGACCAUUCUGGAUUUGCACCACUCUGGUGUUUGCCAUUGCCAUCAGUGGAAACAUUUCCAACUUUCUGGUGCACCUAGGCAAACCAAACUAUAAGUACACCCCAGAGUUUCGAAAAGUGAGCAUUGCUGCAACUGCCAUCUUCAGCUAUGCCUGGUUGGUGCCCCUUGCUCUCUGGGGUACCCUGCUGUGGAGAAACAACAAGAUCAUGAGCUUGGUGUCAUACUCCUUCAUGGAGAUUGUCUGUGUGUAUGGAUAUUCCCUUGCAAUUUACAUUCCAGCAGUGGUCCUGUGGAUUCUUCCCUUUGAAUGGCUGAGGUGGUGCUCCAUCCUGGUGGCUCUGUGUCUCUCUGGCUCAGUCCUGGCAUUGACUUUCUGGCCUGCGGUCAGGGAUGACCAUCCCAAAAUAAUGAUAUCAGUCCUGUCAGCCAUUGUUCUGCUCAACGUCCUGCUUGCAGUUGGUUGUAAGGCUUAUUUCUUUAGCAAACCAGAGCCUGCACUAGAAACUGACAUGUCUACAGCCACACAAGUGAUCAAGUCAACGUCUUCCACAUGAGAGCCUUUGUUUGAAGGUUCUCCUGUUGCCUUAUUAGAGAGAGUCGGGUUGCUGUGGUGAUGAAGUCAUGGGCCGUCUGGAUUUCACCUGCACUCUGGCGUUGUGGGUGAAGACCUUAUAACCCAGUGUGAAUGCUCAGUUCCACUGCGUGACCUCUGAAAAUGAACACUGGUACCAAGUAUGUUAUUUCUAAUGGGAUGGCUUCUAAACUUCCUUUCAGAUGAGUGGGGUAUGAUGUUGCAAAGUACAAAACAUCUAAUGUAGUCCUUCAGUUUUCCACCCUUUAGUUCUUUUAUUGAAAUAUUUAGACUACAUGCUGGUGCAGUCCCAUCAAAGGUGUUUUAUACAUGUGAUUUUUAUAUUGUUUAAUGGGGAACUGGCUUGUCUAUUUUGUGUAAAAACUCGAACAAACAGCACAAAAAUUUUAGAAGUAGGUGAAGUAUUUAAGAGUAGGACUUGGUAUAAAUCAAUGCCUUUUUUGUACAUUUCUCUGACUGGUUUAACACAAAGUGCCCUCAACUAAUGCCAAAGGGCUGUUGUAAAUAUACAAGGGAGUUACAGUUGGUGUAACUAUUUUUCAAUUGACUUGUUUUUAUUAUAACAUGUUUGUUUUGUGGUCCAUUCUCUGAUGUUACACAGAAAAGAAAUUUGAACUGUUUCAUUUGCACCAACCUUUAUAAGUUCAGUGACUGUUCUACAAACAGUAAUCAUUUUAAUAUAUAACCUGUGUCAUUUUAAAAGCACAAAUUAAACUCUAAAAACAGA